AAAUGCAGUGGCGUUACGGACAGACCAACUUCCAGUCCUAGUAAUCUUUCAACCUUUAACACAAUAUCCCUCGUAAACUCGGGCACAAGCUCGGGCACAGGUAACAUCUUUAGAUUUAUCCGAUCGAACUGAGACAAUGCGAAGCAGGGAAAAAAGAGAUGUUUAAGUGAAAGGUAAAUUCUUGGAAAUAUAGAUCGAGAUCAGCAUGCGCCCUGGAUUACGUAUCUUGGCAUUUGGUGGACGUCAUCGCACAUAUCAGACCGAACGCAGUCAGCUUUGUGAAGAGUUCCAAGCCACGUACGGCAGCAUCAUAUAAAUGCUAAGGAUGCUCCCAGCCUUAUAUCGAGCAAUUAUCCAUUAUCCUAAAGUCUGUACUAUAAUCUCCAUCUUCUUAUCCUCCCCGUAAAAAAAAAGACUAUCAGAUAAUCUCAUAUUCAAUAACGAUGGAUUCCCUCAAGAAAUUCGCUGCCGGAAAUUCUCAAGCUUCUGGCAAUGCCGGCACUCAACAAUCUGGCGAGAAGAAGGACAUUGGAGACAAAAUCGCUGGGUUUAUGAAUAAGAAAGAGGGCGGCAAACUGUCCGAUAAACAACUAGAAACCGGCACCGAUACGGCUCGUAAGAUGUACGAGAAGGCGACUGGAAAUAAGGUAGAUCCUAGGAUUUCCAAUUAGUCAGAGAUACUUCGCUGUCAAACUUUUACAUCGGUGCUGCAGAUAACUUACAUUUAUCAUACGCGUUACAUUGAGAAGCUUUUGUAAUAGGUAGUUACAGAAGAGUAGCCGGACUAUUUUGCGAUGCGUCAUUCCUUCAAGUCGCACAUAUGUACCAAAUCAUGGACUAGUGUUAUUCCCACGAAAAUGGUUGGAUUUCUUAAUUAAACAUAUCAUAAAUUAU